AUGCCGAAAGUUGAGAUGCAAAUAUUUUGUCAAGUACUCAAAUCAAUAAAGUUACCAGAGGGUUACUCCGUAAACAUAUCGAACAAUGUCCAGGUGCAAGAAAGGAAAAUAUUAGGACUUAAAACUCAUGAUUAUCACGUGCUUCUUCAUCAACUACUACCUGUGGCACUACGCAGUACUAUGCAGGAUAAAAAAACAGUGAAUGUUAUUAUUGAUUUUUGUGGAUUUUUCAAAAAGCUUUGUUCUAAAGUUAUAGAUGAUCGUGACUUUGAGAAACUUGGAGAAAUUAUUUCAGAAAAAAUGUGUGAAAUGGAGAUGCUCUUUCCUCCAUCUUAUUUCACAAUAAUGGUUCAUCUUACACAACAUCUUGCGGAGGAGGCUGCAAUAGCAGGACCAGUCCAUUAUCGUUGGAUGUAUCCAAUAGAGAGAUAUUUGGGUUCAAUGAAGCGCCAAUUGCGUAAUAGAGCUCGACCAGAAGGUUCAAUAGCUGAAAGUUACGUGAGAACCGAGUGUCUCUUAUUUGCCUCUCGUUAUAUGAGAGGGGAACAAACUAAAAUUCAAGCACCUGUUGAUAAUAAGGAUAACACAGUUCUCUAUCCUCGCGGGUUGAACAAAAAUUAUUCUAACAUAUUGCUAGAUCAAGCUCAUGCAUACGUAGUAAAUAAUCUUAAAAUCUUCUCGGAGUACCGAAGGCAACAUCAGGAAAAACUUAAGAAUGAAGUUACCGGUAGUACAGCUGUAUAUGACAUUAAAGAAAGGCAUAUGAAGGAAUUCCCUGCUUGGUUGAAGAAUGAAAUCCAGGAACAACUUGUCCUUAAUAAUCAAAUAUCAAAAGAAGUGAAGGUUCACGCGAAGCGGCCUUACUAUGCUGUAUGUCAAUAUGGUGGGUAUCGUGUUAACGGUUAUAAAUUUCACACAAUGGAGGUUGAUGAUACAAAGGUCACCCAGAAUAGUGGUGUCAUGGCUACCUUCUCACGAGAAUGUUUCUCAAACAGAAGAGAUCAGAAUCCUAUUGAAAAUAAUAUAACAUAUUAUGGAAUGUUGGAAGAUGUGGUGGAGAUAUUCUACGGCUAUGGUGGUCCAAAUGAACAUAAAUACAUGAUGUUCAUGAUUCGUUGGUGUUUUGCAAAGACUCAAAAGGAUCCCUUUGGAUUUACAAUUGUCAAUCUCGAUAAAGAAAUUGAUAGUGAUGAAAAAUUCAUGUUUGCAUCUCAGGUGGGACAAUGUUUCUAUGUGAAAGAUCCUGCAGUUAAAGACGAGUGGGUUGUCCUGAACAAGGACUCUAGGGCUUAUAUUCAACCUUCUAUCAAUGAAGAUGGUGACAAGAGCUAUAUAAACAACUUCAAUGAGCCAAAUGCAUCGAUCGAUGAAUUCUCGUACCCUCAAAACGUAGUGUUUGAUACGGAUGCUCCAACAAUUCGGACAGACAUUCCAAAUAUUGCCACAGACAUUAAUAGGAGCUAA